CCCUCCCUCCGUCCUGUGAUGCUGCACAUCAAUGGGACAAGGGAUACAAAACCCCAAUGAAUCUAACAAAGAGCCAUAAAAUCAACAUCACAUCCACAUGGAAUCCUAAUUUGGGGCAACAUCAUAAAGACAUCACCUUUUUUUAAUCUGUAUAUGAUAAACAUUUUUAAUCGUAUAAGAUAUUUGUUCAAAACGAUUCAUUCCUUGGACAAUAUUCGUAAGUGUUACGAUAAGGAAGCUGAUGUUCUUCUGUAUUCAGUCAAGUUAUCCUUGGUUGCUUCUCAGGAUAUUUAGGUGCUAACGUUGUGAAAGAGAAGAGCUGCUGUGAGUAGCUACGAGGUAUAAACAUGCACAUAACUAGAGAGGUUCGGUCCGACCCAGACUCACUGGCAGGGCAGAGUCUUUUCUCCAGCAGCAGCUCCACUGUGUCCUCAUGUGGCGGUAGUUACUGACUGACUCCUCAGCACCGCCAGGAGCCCACAGAAGCUGCAUCUCCAGCUGCACCAUGACUUCACCGGACAAUGAUGAAACGGGGAGUGAUCUGUCUCUGGAGAUCCGUGAGCUCCAGGACCAGUAUAUGGACCCAGAAACCUUCUUCAAGUCCAAAAGCUUACCCAUCCUGAACGGACCCUGCCAGCCGGAUGGAAAGGUUGCGGAGCCUCGACUGGUCCGCACCGGGGUGGAGAGCUGUGAGCUCCAGCCCAAAUCCCCAGACUCCAGUCAGGCAGAGACUCCCUCCUCCAGGACAGACUUCUCCCCCUCUGCCUCCAGCAUGGUGGGACUCAGUAGCUCUUUGCCCGUGGAGGGCCACAGGGCCGCCGGAUCUGGGAGUAAAAAACUUGGUUUCUCGCUCACCCGCCUUAUCUGCAUCCCGGCCAGGAAGUAUGCGCGGGUCAUCCUUCGGGACUCCCGUUGCUUCCUGUUCUGCAUGUGCUACCUGACCUUCAUUCAGUCCCUGAUGGUUUCGGGCUACCUGAGCAGUGUCAUCACCACCAUUGAGAAGCGCUACAGUCUGCGCAGCUCUGAGUCCGGCCUGCUGGUCAGCUGCUUCGACAUCGGCAGCCUGCUGGUGGUGGUCUUCAUCUCCUACUUUGGGGGCAGGGGUCAGAGGCCCCGCUGGUUGGCUGUGGGUGGUGUGGUCAUCGCUAUAGGGGCAGCGUUGUUUUCCCUUCCCCACUUUAUCUCACCACCCUACCAGAUCAAGGAGAUGAACUCAUCAAUGGGCCUUAAAGGCCUCUGUCAGAGUGGCAACAGCAGCGGGCGUGAGCUGGACGCGGCGUCGUGCCCUCGCGACCAGGAAGGCAACGAGCACAGCCUGUAUGUGACUCUGUUCAUAUGCGCCCAGAUACUUGUGGGCAUGGGCUCCACGCCGAUCUACACCCUGGGGCCCACCUACCUGGACGACAAUGUGAAGAAAGAAAAUGCAUCUCUUUACUUGGCCAUCAUGUACGUAAUGGGCGCCCUGGGACCUGCAGCCGGCUACUUGCUGGGAGGCGUCCUCAUAGGCUUCUACGUCGACCCCGAAACCGAAGUCAACAUUGAUCAGAGUGACCCCCGCUUUGUUGGCAACUGGUGGAGCGGCUUCCUCCUGUGUGCCGUCGCCAUGCUUCUGGUCAUCUUUCCCAUGUUUUCCUUCCCCAAAAAGCUGCCCCCACGCCACAAAAAGAGGAAGAAGAAAAAGAUUGGCUCACUCUGUGAUGUUUCCAGCGACGACGAAGUGAUGAAGGAAAAGUCGAGUAGCAAAGACAAGAAUGUCUCCUCCUCCAUGGACUUUGGAAAGGACAUCAAAGACCUCCCCAAGGCAGCCCUGAGGAUCCUCAGCAACAUGACCUUCCUGUUCGUCAGCCUGUCCUACACGGCAGAGUGUGCCAUCGUCACCGCCUUCAUCACCUUCAUCCCCAAGUUUAUAGAGUCACAGUUUGGUAUCCCCGCCUCCAACGCCAGCAUAUACACCGGUUUGAUCAUCGUGCCCAGUGCCGGGGUGGGCAUCAUGCUGGGGGGCUACAUCAUCAAGAAGCUGAAGCUCGGCGCCAGAGAGUCGGCCAAGCUGGCCAUGAUCUGCAGCGGGGUGUCUCUGCUCUGCUUUUCCACCCUCUUCAUCGUGGGCUGCGAGAGCAUCAACUUAGGAGGCAUCAACAUACCGUACACCACUGGUCCGACCCUUACGAUGACCCACAGGAACCUGACGGGCAGUUGCAACGUGAACUGCGGCUGCAGGAUCCACGAGUACGCGCCGGUCUGCGGCUCUGACGGCAUCACCUACUUCAACCCCUGUCUGGCUGGAUGCAGCACCGUGGGCAAUGAUAGCACUGGGAUUAGGAACUACACCGACUGCGGCUGUGUGCAGAGCAGACAGGUCAUCACGCCGUCCUCCGGCGGCCAGGUCAACCAGCUGCAACUGGUCAUCGUUAAAACCUACCUGAACGAAAACGGCUAUGCCAUUUCGGGGAAGUGUGACCGCACCUGCAACACCCUCAUCCCUUUCCUCAUCUUCCUCUUCAUUGUCACUCUGAUCACCGCUUGUGCCCAGCCCUCCGCCAUCAUCGUCACGCUCAGGUCGGUGGAUAAACAGGAGAGGCCGUUUGCUCUCGGGAUGCAGUUUGUCUUGCUCCGGACUCUUGCCUACAUCCCCACGCCCAUCUACUUCGGCGCCGUGAUCGACACCACCUGCAUGCUGUGGCAGCAGGACUGCGGCGUGCACGGCUCCUGCUCGGAGUACGACGUCACCUCCUUCCGCUUCGUCUACUUUGGCCUGGCGGCCAGCCUCAAGUUUGUGGGCUUCAUCUUCAUCUUCCUCACCUGGUACUCGAUCAAGCACAAGGAGGAUCGGGCCGAUCGCUGGCGCCAGCGCCUCCCUCCUCUGGGCACGGUCAGCGAGCUCAUCUGCCACGCCGGAGGCCACAAAAGCCACGCUCGCACCCGCUCCUGCCCCGUGUUCAUCCCGCCGCGGCUCGACCCGCCCGCCGCCCUGCUGCUCAGCCGGGGCCACAGCAGCCUCAGCUGCCCCGGCAACGCCCUCAAAGCAUUAACCCCGCCCACCCUGUUGCCGCACUGCAGCGCCCGCGUCUGAGAGCGCUCUGCGCGUCCCUCCGGGGGUCCAUUGUGAGACGUGCCUUCCUGUUUGUGUUUGUCGCCGCACAGUGUCUGCUUCCCACCAAUCGGACGCCGGGCGGCGCUCCACGGCUGCUGGACGACAUGCAGGCGGAGACGCAGCCGCCACCUUCAAAGGGCUGCUCGUUGUUGCUCGUACGGGAGGCUGACGCGGGUUCCUUAGUUCUGAGCGUAUCGGCCGUCGCCACACAGGAGGUCAGACCUCCGCUUGAAGGUUUCCGAUGAUGCAAAGACAUCACAUGGUGCUUCCGUUAACGGGCAGGGCAUUAACGUCUCUGUACAGAUGAGUCAUCAACCGCCUCUAAAGCACAACUGACACACCUGUACUAUGCAAGAUCCGAUGUCCAGCUCCUCCCUCUGUACAGCCCCCUGUAUGACAUCGGUAUCUCUUUCUUAGUCCCCGCUCAAUCGCGACACGUUAUCGUCGGCUCAUUCAUAAUUCCAUGUUCUCUUCCAGUCUGAGCUCUGAACACAUCAGCAUAUCUUGUAUUUGAGCCUUCUCCGCCUUUCCUCUUUUCUGCUGUUGUUUCGAUCAUAAGAAUUGAAGAAGUGUUUUUCAUUUAUUUCCCUUCCUGUUUAGCACCAGUGCCUCUCGGCGGUCUCGGGCCGGUCCAGUUCUCAAAGCGAGCGCCCUGUCCUCUCAGCUGAGGGACUCUUCCGCUCGGUCCGGUAACAGAUGUCACUGAACUUUUAUGUUUGCGCCCGUUUGAGGAAGCUCCUCCCCCUUGGCCAGGUAACAUGUAGCUUAAAGCCAAUGGUACAGUGUUCAAUGACUUCUAUGAAAUCUAUAUUUCAUCACACACCACACUACUUAACUGUCAUAAUGUGGAAUCAUUUGCCAAAUGGCAAAAAAGAUGAAUGAAUAAGAAAGGUCGCUCGUCUCUGACCAUGUGCUGACGCUACUGUACGUCCAGAAGAUGUGAUUGUACAUGUGUUGUGGAGAUUCUAAAGAGUGUGGCAAAGACUUCAACACAAUUUGACCACAUUUAAUACACAACUUCUUUAAAGUUAAGUUAUUUGUGUCUUAUCUAUCGCAAACCACCAACCACAAAUGAAAGGAGGCCUGAAAUCCUAAAGGUCCUCAGAUGUACAUAGUAGUUCUCUAGUAGUCUAGGCUUUUAAGAAAGUAGUGCAGCAAGCAUGUGAAACAAUGGUGACACAAUGGUGACACAAUGGUCCCCUUUUAUCAGCAGGAGUAACAGGAUGUGGAUUAUUCGGUGUUUGGGGCCCCCUAGUGGACAAAGAGGUGAUUGUGUGAAGGCCAGUGAAUUUGUGUCUACUAUGAAAUACUUGGUUAAAAGGUUAACUACUAAACUAGUCACUGCACAAAGGUCAAGUUACCAUCGUGGGUUUUUCUUUUAAUUUGGGCUCAUGUUAUUUUCUUAAGUGGCUUAUGGAUCUACAGCUUCCUUUGACAAGGACAGGAAGUCCUUUGUUCAAUAUUAGACACAUUAGUAAGUUAAAAAGAAAUGUAUGAGACAAGUCUAAUAAAGUUAUUUCAUAAAUGAUUCAGAUCAGUUGGAUUACAUUCUGUUAUUAAAAGUGUGCAACGGAAUGGAUGAUCUGAUGCAGGGAAUACAUUUUAAAAGUUAACCUUUUUGGCCAAGGUUCGUGGGCUUCUGCCGGUGAAGAUUAUCACGUGGUAACGGCAUAACUCAUUUUAGUAUUAUCGUGACUUAGUGGCUGAAAUGUCAUAUUCAUAAGUGAUGAUUGUGUAAAUAUCAACAGAUCAAAUGAAGCGUACUAUAGAGCUCACGCAUAGUUAGAAGCAUAGUUAUGAAUUUACCCAUGAAAUUGUAGUUGAAAUGAAAAUAAUAUCUCAAAGUGAGGAUGUCUCAUUGUGCCUGAACAGUAUUAUUCACACGCUAAGGGUCAUCAUGUGGGAGGAGUCGGGUUAUCGUCAUGGUUCUCUACCAUUCCUCGCGCUCUGAGUUCAUCGCAGCUUCAAAAGAGGAAUACCAAUGUGUGAUUAUUGAUCGGGUCCCGUGUGUGACUAGAAAGCCAAAUGUGAGUCAUCUUACAAUAAAGUAUUUAUUACAUUCA